GACCACGUUACUCUCCAUCCACUUACCAUCUUGGGUUGACUAGCUAUGGUCAUAGUUGAACAUCUGGGCCUCGCCACCAAUCGUUAUUAUCAUCGUCCAGAAGCUUCGCCAACAUGGUUCUCAGUAACAACACUAACAACAAUAUUGCGCAGGAAGCCAGGUUGACCAGCAUGCUGAGUGAGGCCUCGAGAGUCGCCUCUGAGGCGGCCAAAAAGAACAUAGACUUCCAGAGUAGAAGUUUGUCAGUCAUCUACGGCAAACUUGUUAACCUAAAACCCAAGGUGCGAAAUUUCGUGGAGGAGAGUGCUCGUCUGUGUAGGCCGGCAAAUUUGCAUAUAUGCGAUGGCAGCGAACGCGAGAUGAGACAUCUGUUAAACGUGAUGCAGCAGGCUGGCAUGAUAGAACAUCUCCCCAAGUAUAAGAACUGCUGGUUGGCCCGCACUGACCCCGGAGAUGUAGCUCGUGUGGAGAGCAAGACAUUUAUAGUCACUAAAGAUCGAAGCGAGACCAUCCCCACUCCGAAGGAGGGCGUGAAGGGCCUCCUGGGCAACUGGAUGUCUCCUGAGGAUCUGAGAGCUGCAGUCCAGGAGCGUUUCCCUGGCUGCAUGGCCGGCAGGACCAUGUACGUGGUGCCGUACUCUAUGGGCCCUGUCGGUUCUCCACUCUCCAAGAUUGGAGUGGAACUGACUGACUCUCCUUAUGUUGUGGCCUCUAUGCGCACCAUGACACGGAUGGGUGGUAAGGUGUUGGAAACUCUAGGUGAAGAAGACUUUGUAAAAUGCCUCCAUUCUGUUGGCUGCCCGCUGCCCCUCAAGAAACCUCUAGUCAACAACUGGCCUUGUGACCCGGCACGAACCAUCGUCACCCACGUGCCUGAUACUAACGAGAUUAUUUCAUUCGGGUCAGGUUAUGGAGGCAACUCACUGUUGGGAAAGAAGUGUUUUGCUCUGCGCAUUGGUUCCACCAUUGCCAGACGUGAGGGCUGGUUGGCGGAACACAUGCUUAUCCUGGGCAUCACCAACCCUCAGGGUGUCAAGAAGUACAUUGCUGCAGCUUUCCCUUCUGCAUGUGGCAAGACCAACUUGGCUAUGAUGACACCCUCGCUGCCUGGUUACAAAGUGGAGUGUGUGGGAGACGACAUCGCUUGGAUGAAAUUUGACGAGGAUGGGGUGCUGCGUGCGAUCAACCCCGAGAACGGAUUUUUCGGCGUAGCUCCAGGCACCUCCAUGCAAACCAAUCCUGUGGCCAUGAAGACUGUCCUCGCCAACACAAUCUUUACCAACGUUGCCAGGACUAGUGAUGGAGGAGUGUUCUGGGAAGGAAUGGAGAAAGAGAUCGCCAAUGAUGUGACUAUCACAUCAUGGCUGGGAGACACUAAUUGGAGUAAAGAAUCUGGUAAACCAGCAGCUCAUCCUAACUCCAGAUUCUGCACGCCCGCCGGCCAGUGUCCCAUCAUUGACCCUGCGUGGGAAGAUCCUAAGGGUGUACCCAUUUCUGCAAUUCUCUUCGGCGGACGACGACCCCAAGGAGUUCCUCUGGUGUACGAGGCGUACGACUGGAAGCACGGUGUGAUGGUGGGAGCUGCCAUGAGGUCUGAGGCAACAGCAGCAGCGGAACACAAGGGUAAGGUGAUCAUGCACGAUCCCUUCGCCAUGAGACCAUUCUUCGGCUACAACUUUGGUCAGUACUUGCAGCAUUGGUUGAGCAUGGAGACCCGCACAGAGAAGCCUCUUCCCAAGAUCUUCCAUGUGAACUGGUUCCGUAAGAGCGAGAAAGGACGCUUCCUUUGGCCAGGUUUUGGGGAGAACGUGCGCGUCUUGGACUGGAUCCUAAGGAGAGUUGACGGCGAAGAUGUGGCCGAAGAGAGCGCUAUAGGACUCUUGCCAAAGUAUUCUUCUAUCAAUUUGUCUGGCCUGGAUGAGGACGUUGAUAUGGACGAGUUGUUUAGUCUUCCCAAGGAGUUCUGGGAACAAGAAGUCCGCGAUAUUUCCAAGUACUUCAGUGAACAAGUUGGCGAUGACCUUCCUAAUGUGAUAAGGGAGCAGCUGAAGCUACUUGAAAAGAAACUGGAGAAAAUGUAGUUUAUGGGAGGAUAAACUUGCUCUUUAUCAAUGGCAAAACUGGUCGCCACGCGACCAACAGCUAUAAGUCUGAUCAAGAAUCACUGGAGGUCUUGGGCUCCAUCAAAAUAUUGUCUUGUUUAAGAUUAUCAUUUCUCUCUCGUUUUAUAUGAAUUUCCUAAGGUCAUUUGGCACCACAAUCUUUUUUUUUCUUUUGUAAUAAUCUACUUUUCUCAGCUGUGCUGGGUAAUACUUUGCGCGGGUUUUACUGCGCCUGCUCUCCUGUAUGAUUUAUCUUGAAUAAACAAUAUUUUGCACUUUA